CAAAAAUGUAUUUUGCGACUUUCACAACGUGAAAAAUAUUGUGCCAUGUAAACAACCGGGAAUUUCAGUUGAAGGUUUUUACGUACCAGUAAUUGUUUUAUUUAUAUGAAGUUUGGCCGCGUUUUUCAGCUUUCAGAAUGCCACAAGAGUUUCAAGUUGUGCAGUGUUACAGUUGCAGUACUUUCCAAGUUCAUCAGGUGAAGAAAGCCCUGAAAUGGGCGUGCAAGAUGUGCGGCGAGAAACAAUCCAUUAAAAAGGUAUUUGGCAGAGGCACGGGAGCUGAAUGUCGACAGCAUGUGCAGAAGUUAAACACUCGGAGAGGGGAUCUGGACACCAUAAAACAGACUGUUACACUAGCAUCUGAUGUAGAUCUUUUAGAUGAUAAUACAGCGGAGACAGCUACAGAGAUGCAAUAUGUUCCAACUGAGAUCGGAAAAUGGUCCCAGUUUGUUGAUGCGCAGCAAGAUGGUGACAACAACAGCAGCAGUGAUGAUGAUGAUGAAGGUUUAACAACAAGUUCAUUGGCCAAUGCAAGAGGGCGAAAACGUAAAGGAUGGGCAAAAACAGAGGAAAGGCAGUUUACAAAAUAUGGUAAAAACGGAGCUGGCUCAAAGGAAAAUGAUUCUAAAUAUCCAAUAUUCUCCACCAAUCAAGAUGCUAGUAAGCCCCGUUCUGUUAUCGGACAGCCAGCGUCAGACUGUGACAGUUCCCAGUUAGUCAGGGUUCCAGAUUCUAAACCUUACUUCAGUAAACCAGGCUCAUCUAAUAGUUAUAACUUGAUGAAGGGUCAAAACUCGAAAUGGUCUUCAUUUUCUACAGGAAAUACAUGUACAAAUGUGGAACACAAGAGAAACAACUGCACAACACCCGACUUGCCUUCUGAGGAAUCAGAGUCUAGGAAUGAUUCACUCAUUCAAAUGAAUGAAUCUUCAAAAAGGAGGUCAAUAUGGCCUGUAAAUGAUGCAACAUACGAAUCUUCAUCUCAGGAGAGCUCUUCAAGUUCUUCAAAAGGAGAUAAUAAUUUCAUAAAUUCAAAGGGAAGUAACUUUAUCAAUCCAAAUGCCCCAUUCCCUGAUCCAAGACCAUAUGUGUCAUUUGAUGAUCUGGAACAGUGUGAUAAGGAUAUUGAAACAUGUGUUUCACUGGGUGACGCUGGGACUAUAUUUGAUGAACCCAAGAAGCAUUUAAGAGGAGCAACUAAUGUCAGCAAAUGGAACGCCUUUACCAGUACAUCAAUGGCUACUAGGAGUUACAAUAUGAUCACAGAAAACAACAUAUCUGGUACUAAUUCUAACAGUUCCCAUUCAAAUAAAAAGCUCGGUCAUAUAAGUGAUAAUGAAGAAAACGAGGAAAAAGUUGAUUGUGGAUUUGGUAGGACCACCUCCGAUUCUGUGCCUUGUUCUUCAAAGUGGGGUGGGUUUAUUGGAGGUAGGGGUAACACGUCUGGAUUCAAAGCUAUUGGUGAUAAAGAAGAUUCUGAAAGAAGCCUUCAGGACAUGAACUCGAAACAUACUAACAAUAAGCACACAGUUUCCUCCAAAUGCGUAGCAUAUUCAAACGAAAGUCGAGCACAAACGCUUCAAACAUCAGUCAGCGAAAAGGAAGUAUAUGAUGGACUAAACCGAUGUAUGAAACAGUCUGUCCAUGGUGACGAUAAUGAAUCAGGUACUUCUAAUGGAGAAUAUCUUGUGAACAAACAAACAACUGAAAAGGGAGAUGCCGACUCUAAUAUUGGUGAUAAAAAAAUGUCUGGAAAAAAUCACUAUAGAAGUCCUCCAAAAAGAACAAGUCUGUUUGAUGCUGGGGAAUUGAAUGAUGAAGACUUAAGUUUGUGACAAGUGCAAUUUCAAUGCAGAUAUUAUUUUAACAAUAUUUGACGUAAAUUGUUAUAUUUGAUUUUAAAAUUGUGUAGUGGAUUGUGAAUUGUUGACAUUGUGAUUACUGUAGACCGUAAAGCAUCUCAAGUAGAUGUACAUGUAUGUACAUGCAGUGCCAGCUCGAUUUGUUACAUUGAAAGAUUAUUUUCAGUAUUAAAUAAGGGCUAUUCCAGUUAAACAUAUGUCCCACCCCAGGACGGCAAAAUAAAGAAAUUCUGUAGGGGGUAGGUCUUUUUCUUAAUUUGCUACUGUAGGGGGUGGUGAUAAGUCCAAUUUCGCUUCUAUAGGGGGGCGUCAUUUUCUUUUUUGCUUCUGACCGUAUCUGCUCAUUUAUAUUCACUGCCCGAUGGUGAAAUACCGGUUUUUUUUAUCCAUAUAUUUUACCGAACGUCGUGUACAGAAUUGGUUUGGAUACAAAUUUUCGCGAUAUUACGAGUCGGUUCCGCGGUACCGGAAAUCAGAAGAAGUUGCGUCCCUUGACAACAAGAUGGCGGAGGCGCCAGAAUUUAUAAAGUCGUGGUCGAAGACCAACCUACAAAAUUGGCUAGAAACCAAUAGUUGCGCCGCAUGUGUGGAUACGUUUCGUGGUAAGUAUACCAAAUUGCAGUGUUCGACACUAACGGGGUCCCGGGAUCCCGAGGACACCAGUUUUUCAGGAGGGACACCUGAACUUCGAAGUCCGGUAUUCCGUCGGGACACUUAAAUUUCUGACUGAUAAACGCUAAAUAUCAAUAAAUAAGUAGCAUUUAAUUAAUUUAUUACCUAAAUUCGGGCUCCCUAAAUUUCUUGACAGCACAUGUCAAAACAAUAUUAUUAAUUAUCAUUAUCGGACUCAUCAAAGCGAAAGUAUAGCUGACUAUUUGACUAUAGUUACGUCAUGAAUCUAUAAAUAAACAGGUCAUUUCACAGGCGCAUGCAGGUUAACGCUUCCGUUUUGUUGUUUACAUUUUAAACAAGGUCAGAGCUGACAGAGAUUUAUUAUCGGUAAAAUACUUAUGUGGAAUUGUUUUGCUUAUGUGUCAGAACCGCCCAAAAAGAUGCCAACUCUGAUGAUACCUUUUAUAUAAUAUGAUGCGACCUUUGAGUAUUUACAGUAACAUUUACGACAGAAAAGAACUGCAUCCUACAUUCAGCAUUCUUUGUUAAUUGGCAUUCAACUUAUCAAUAUUCUUUGUUAAUUUUAAAGACAUAUAUUUUAUGCCUUGAUAAAAAAUAAUAGAAAUAAAAUUUGCAGGGUUUUAUUCAUUAAUUCAAUAAAUUUAUAAAAUUUUAUGACUUUUUGGCGCUAAAAUUAACAUGUAUACACAAUUUUUGGUCGUCUGCUCUUCCAGUAUGCACUACGACUGUUGGGCAGUCUGAUUGAUUUAUCAACAGCUCUACUAAAUAUUGAUUGGAGUUUUCACAAGCCAGAUGUAAUAUUCCUACAGUUUCUUAAUGAAAAGCACCGACAUUUGACAAGACCCUGAACCAUGAUGUAUUUUAUGCGUAUUUUCCAAAAAUCUAAAAAUAGUAACAACAUCAAGUUUUUGUUUACAUUGUAUCCAUCUCUGUUUUUGACUGAAAACAAAAGGGACUUAGACAUUCUCCCGCUUUUGAACCCAAUCUACCAACUUAGAGACCAAAAUAUACCUCACUGCCAUUCAGUGUUACUAACCUGUCAUUACAUGCUGCUGAAAACAUGUAUAAUAAUUAUGGUGGUUUAUACUUGCAUUACAAAUUGAAAAGUAAAAGGAUGUUGAAUUUAAUAUUAAAACAGGCUCAACAAUGAAAAAAUGUAAAAAGUGGAAGGGACUCCUAAUUUCAGGAAGGGACACCUGAUUUCAAAUGUUGGUGUCCCUUCGGGAUCCCUUGGAAAAAUGGUUAGUGUCGACCCCUGAAAUUGACAACAGUUGUCUAGAAUUUUAUUAGAAAUCAUAAUUUGUACGUAUUGCGUAAAUGUUAUAAAUCCGAAUGUUUCGUCCCCUUAACAUUUCGACCACAAGUUAUUUUUAGGUUGUAUAUAAUUACAUGGGUGAAAGUUUCAGCCUCAUGUGGCUUAAUAUGCACUUAUAGCAACAUAUGAAGAAACAAGAGAACCGUGGUGUGUAGGUUAUAGUCCAUAUAAUG